AUGUGGCCUGCGAUUAUCUGUGGCUUGAUUAUUUACAAAUUAUUCAAAUGCUUCUUUUAUGACGACGACGUUUCCGACAUUGAAGCUUCUGAUUCCACUGUUCUCUUCAACGUCGCCGACAGGCUUCAUAAGCUUUUCGGAGGUAAGGUUUUUGUUGGUCUCAGAAUUCCCGAUGCCGAUUCUGCUUCACCACAAUCCAUUGAUCUCGUUCUUAUUACUAAAAGAGAGCUACUAGUGAUAUCUGUGAAGAAUUUCUCAGGGAUUUUGACAGUUCAUGGUGAUGGUACAUGGCACUCUGAAAAACCAGGCAAACAUAAUAAAGUUGAGCGUCACCCUGAUCCGGUGGAAGAAGUAAGAAAGCAAGCUUCUAUUCUUGAAUCCUAUCUUGAACAAAGAGGGGUUGUUCUACCUAAAGGGUUUCUAACUUGUAAAGUUAUACUUCCAAAUCCUAAAUUAUGUACCAUUCCUACAAGUGAUUUUCCACCUGAAGUUAUUACCCAUGAACAAUGGAAGCUACAGAAGCCAGGGACAAAGAGUGUAAUCUCUAGUUGGGUAAAGGGUGCCUUUCUUAGUGGGAAGAAUGAUAUGCAAGAAUCUGGUAAUAAGAAUCUUGAAUUUGUUCUGAGCACAGCUCCAAUAUGGGAUAGGUUGGAACUGAAAGGCAACAAGUAUGCAUUGGGAGAGUUCCUUGAGUUUAAGGGCAAAGCAGAAGAUGUUGAGGCAUUAAGACAUAUCAGAAGAUCAAAAGUUGGUAGCAUGAUAAUCCAAAAGACAAGUAUGUUUGGACUAGCUCCUUCUACGCUUCAAGUUUUAUACACUUUGCGCGACUAUAGAACUGAGGGAGCAUCAGCACCAGAGUUGAAUGAAGUGACUGUAAGAUCAAAUACUGAGAUCAUCUUUCAGGCCGAAAAUGGUACCAAGAUCAGAAAGUUUAAGCUCUCUUCAGUCUGCUCUAUGCAUCUUAGUGCAUGA